AUGCCGAGCAAAAGGCCGAAGGCGACGAUCUCCUUCUCUGAGGCCGACCUCGAAGGUAUAAGUUUAUCUCAUGGUGAUGCUUUGGUGGUACAGGUAAAAAUAGCAAGGAGACCUGUUCAACUCGUAUUGAUCGAUACGGGAGCAUCCGUGGAUCUUAUGUCGCUGGACAUGUAUCGACAGUUCAGCUUCGGGGAUAAGGCGCUCAAACCGGAAGGCACCUCACUCCAUGGAUUCUCGGGGGCUGUCGCCACGAUCAAAGGGUCAAUAGACCUCCUGGUCAUGUUCGGGCAAGCCAUCCAAGUCAAGUUCAUGGUGGUACGGUCGGUGGUGGCCUUCAACGCCAUACUUGGUCGCCUGUCGCUCACCGCCCUCCAAGCUAUCAUCUCGCCAAUACACUUGAAGAUGAAAUUUCCCACGGAGAACGGCAUCGGAGAAAUCCGAGGUGAUCAAAAGAGAGCUCAAGAGUGCUACACCACCUUUGUCAAGCAAAACAAAGGAAAUGUCCGAGGAAUGGCUAUGUGCGUUGAGCACCUCCCUAAAGACUAG